GCCAGUAGUUGGCAACACUAAUUUCACAUGUCAUAUUAAAUGUCAAAGAGGGAAUAAAAAAAGUUCAUCCACUGUAUUUUAUUCGGCUGCUCUUGUAUAUUUUCAUAUUUUUAGAGGAAUAUGAUUCGUGCACCGCUUGUUAAGGCCUUGGGCACACUGGGCUCGCCCACACAUCAAAUCGCCAGUAAAGCGGUGCGUACAAGUGCCGCUCUUGCCCAGACACCAGCCAAAGCUCCGGAAAAGAUUGAAGUGUUUGUCGAUGACAUUCCCGUUAAGGUAGCACCCGGCACUACCGUGUUACAGGCAGCAGCUAUGAUUGGUGUAGAGAUUCCACGUUUCUGCUAUCACGAACGUUUAGCUGUAGCUGGUAAUUGUCGUAUGUGUUUGGUAGAAGUGGAGAAAAGUCCCAAACCUGUGGCAGCCUGUGCCAUGCCCGUUAUGAAAGGAUGGCGCAUCAAGACUAACUCUGAAAUGACUCGCAAAGCCCGCGAAGGUGUUAUGGAAUUUUUGCUUAUGAACCAUCCAUUGGAUUGUCCCAUUUGUGAUCAGGGUGGUGAAUGUGAUUUGCAAGAUCAAGCCAUGGCUUUCGGUUCAGAUCGUUCACGUUUCACUGAUAUCAACCACACUGGCAAACGCGCUGUUGAAGAUAAGGAUAUCGGUCCUUUGGUUAAAACAAUUAUGACCCGUUGCAUUCAUUGUACUCGUUGCGUUCGUUUCGCUUCGGAAAUUGCCGGUGUUGAUGAUUUAGGCACAACCGGUCGCGGUAAUGAUAUGCAAAUUGGAACAUAUGUUGAAAAGCUAUUUUUAACUGAAUUGUCCGGCAACGUUAUUGAUUUGUGUCCAGUUGGUGCUUUGACUAAUAAACCAUACAGCUUUGUUGCUCGUCCCUGGGAAAUUCGUAAAAUCAGCAGCAUUGAUGUUCUAGAUGCUGUUGGCAGCAACAUUAUAGUUAGCACUCGCACCAAUGAAGUAUUGCGUAUUUUACCACGCGAAAAUGAAGAUGUCAACGAAGAAUGGUUGGCUGAUAAGUCCCGUUUUGCAUGUGAUGGUUUGAAACGUCAACGUUUGGUAGCUCCCAUGGUUCGCAUGCCAAACGGUGAAUUGCAAGCUGUUGAGUGGGAGGGAGCUCUGAUUUCAGUUGCCAAGGCUAUGAAAAAUGCAAAGGGUGCCGUGGCUGCUGUCGCCGGUCAAUUGGCUGAUGUUGAAGCAAUUGUGGCUCUUAAGGAUUUACUCAACCGCAAUGGAGCUGAAGUUUUGUGCACUGAACAAGGUUUUGCCACCAACGGUGCUAGUACUGAUUUGCGUUCCAACUAUGUUUGCAACACCACAAUUGCUGCUUUGGAAGAAGCCGAUGCUGUUUUGUUAAUUGGCACCAAUCCCCGUUAUGAGGCUCCUUUAGUCAAUACUCGUCUGCGCAAGGCUUACGUACACAAUGAAUUGGAUAUUGCUUCCAUUGGCCCUAAGGUAGAUCUCUCGUAUAAACAUGAUAAUUUGGGUGAAGAUGCCGGCUUAAUUACCAACGUCUGCACUGGCUCUCAUGCUUUCUCCAAGGUUUUGGAGGGAGCCAAGAAACCCGCUAUUAUUGUUGGUGCUGAUGUUUUGGAACGUGCUGAUGGUUCUGGCAUUUUGGCUACAGUCUCAGCUUACUGCAAGAAAUUGAACAAACCUAACUGGAAUGCCCUGAAUGUUUUGCAAACAAAUGCCGCCCAAACUGGCGCCUAUGAUGUUGGUUAUCAACCCGGUCUCCAAGCCGCCAUUAAGGCCAAGCCUAAAGUUUUGUUCUUGUUGGGUGCUGAUGCCGGCAAAAUUAGCCGCGAUCAAUUGCCUCAGGAUUGUUUCAUUGUUUACAUUGGCCAUCAUGGUGAUAAUGGUGCAUCCAUUGCUGAUGCUGUCUUACCUGGUGCUGCAUACACCGAAAAGCAGGCUACUUAUGUUAAUACUGAAGGUCGUGCUCAACAAACCUUGCAAGCUGUAUCACCACCCGGCAUGGCUCGUGAAGACUGGAAGAUUUUGCGUGCACUUUCUGAAGUAGCUGGAACUCCCCUCCCAUACGAUACUCUUGAUGAAUUACGCAACCGCAUUGAAGAUAUUGCCCCUCACUUGACCCGUUGGGGCAAAUUGGAACCUGCAGGCUUCCAAGGUUUAGCUGAUCAAGUAGCUGCGACAAAGUCCGUUGACAACACCAAACUCGAGAUAAAAUUGAAGGAAUUGCGUGAUUACUUUAUGACCGAUGCUGUUUCCAGAGCAUCUCCUACCAUGGCAAAAUGUAUAUCGGCUGUUAAUAAACAAAAUAGCAAAGAGCAACAACGUGCCGUUUGUUAAAUUUCAUUCUUUCUUUUUGUGAGCCGUGUUUGAAACACAUUUUUAAAUUAAAUUUACUACUAUUAAACUUAGCUACAAAUUAUUAAUUAAUAAAACAACUUUAAAAGUCAUCAAACAAGUAAAUGAAAUCUUAACAAAAUAUAAUAACAUAAGAUAAAAAUAUUAAACGAACGAAUUUGUUGUAAAUUAUGUAUUGAAUUGAAUUGUAGCAGAUAUGUUCAGAUUGUAAUAAUUUGUUUAAAGUGUUUAUGAGAAUUUGCUUAAGAAGAAAUAUACAACAAAUAGAAAAGGAA